AAGAUCUGCCGAGUAUUGUACAAGAACAGAUGUUAGAGGAAUUGUUAGAUAAGGAAGCUCAACAGCAAUUGGAAGGUGGUGGUGGCGAACCGCCAGCUCUAAAUUGGUCUUUAGAAAUUACUGAACGAUUAGGUAGUCGUUUACACGCACUCUGGAAUCGAUCGGCCGGAGAUUGUCUUCUAGAUUCUGCUAUGCAGGCUACUUGGGGUGUUUUCGAUAGGGACAAUGCUCUAAGGAGAGCGCUUGCUGACACUCUACAACAAGCUGGACAAUUCUUUUAUCCUCGUUGGAGAGAGUAUGAAGCCUCGCAAGCAUCUAGGAUGUUAGAUUUCACUUUAGAAGAAACACAAUGGCAAGAAGACUGGGAAAGCUUGUUAGCAACGGCCGCUCAACCCGGAAGCGCGUUAGAACAAUUGCACGUGUUUGCCCUGGCCCACAUUUUAAGACGACCCAUCAUAGUCUAUGGAGUUAAAUAUGUUAAAAGUUUUCGCGGUGAAGAUAUAGGUUAUGCAAGAUUCGAAGGCGUUUAUCUACCACUAUUAUGGGAACCCUCAUUUUGCAUCCGUUCACCAAUUGCAUUGGGUUAUACUCGUGGCCAUUUCACGGCAUUGGUUCCAAUCGAGCCAUAUGCCUCGUCCAGAAUACCGCCCCUCGCGACCCAUGGGGUAGUGAGCGGGAACAACAGUCCACUCGAGCAGCUACAGAUUCAAAUGCAGACCACCUUUAUGCCACUAAUGGAUCGCGAGCAUAAGCUCCUGCCAAUACACUUUCUCACGACGGAUGAAAUCGGUCGUGAGGAAUCAAUCUAUAAAGAAUGGUUGGAUGUGUGCAGAACAGAGGGUGGAAUACUUGUAGCACAGCAGAAACUUCACAAAAGACCAUUACUUGUUGCGCAGAUGUUAGAAGAGUGGUUGAAUCAUUAUCGUAGAUUAGCUCAAACUAACGAGGCACCCUUCUCGAGACCACCCACAUUACAGGAUUAUAGUAGCGAUGGUGAUACCGAAGAUGAAUAGUGCAGUAAUUUUAAUAAGAAAGAAGUGUUGCGACUGACAUGAGAAGCAUUUCCAUUUCUCACAAGUUUAUUCUCGACCGAAAAUUAUAAAAUGGUUAGUAUUAUAAAACGAAAACUACCGUGAAUGCCGUACUUUCAUAAGUAAUUCAAUACAGAGAAACUACUACGUCCAUACACUGGCAAUGUACUAUUUAAAAAAUUGAAAAUGCUGUUACAUCAUUUUGCAAGCCAAAAUUGUAAAAUUUGAAUUAGGAUUUACGA